AAUAGACGUCAGUGAUUUGUCAACAGCUUCUUUGUCAAUAGGCUCAAUAGCUCAAUAGCUUUUUUAUCUCUGUUGUUUUCAAUGUGAAAACUAGAGAAUUAUAAUAUGUGGAAAGUUAGAAACUUAGAUAAAAGAAAGUAUUUCAUGAUCUGUAAUCUGUAUUGUAUUGCUUUAGUUGUGUUUGUUCAAUUAAUAUUUUUGGUGAAAUAAAGAUUUAUUAUUAUUAUUAUUAUUAUUAUUAUUUAUUGGUGAAAACUGAAAAAAAAAUUGAUCUAUAAUCUACAAAUGAUUGGUCCCCAUAUAUUUUAUAAUUCUCUUUGAUUUGUAGGUACUUAUUUGUUAUGUAUGUUUAAUAAAUUUAGGAUAGUGGUCCAUUUAAAGACUGAGCCACAGAAGUGUUAAAAAACUAUUUGUGGUUUAUUUUUUGCAUAGUAUUUGUGGUUAUAAAUGAAAAAACUGAUUCAAAAUGUCGUGCCAAGUUGAACAGAUUGCAGACUGUGGAGACAUAUCAAGUCUAGGAAGGUCGCUAUUCAUUCCAGACAAAGAAGAUAAAAAUUGGCUAUCACAAUGUUGUGUGUCACUUUCUUCAUGUGGAAACUUGCUGGCAGUGGCCUACAGGGAUCGUCUUUGUUUAUUGUCUUCACAGUGGAUAAGUUCUAAUGAAAGCAACACAUUUUUGAUAUCAUGGAGUGGUACUUUGCCUUAUGAUGUCACUGUUGUCUUGGCUUUACCUAUUUGUCCUUCGCAGCAAUCAUCUCAGAAUGGCCCAGACUGGUUUUGUAUAAUAGUUGGAUUUCAAAAUGGAAAUGUCGGAUUUUAUACAAAUACUGGUCAUUUAUUGUUGCUGGAGAAAUUUGAUGAAAAGCCUGUGAUGAAAAUAUCCUGCCACACUGGAACUUAUGGAACUUUGUCUGAUGAUGUCCAUAUUCUUUUCCAAACCAGUGAAUGCAUCAUCAGUGGCACAACUUUGUUUCAAACUUUACGUUCAGCUAAAGCACAACUAGCCAAAGUCAGAGCUGGCAUUCAAGAUGACUAUAUGAUAGAUAGUCGUAAUAUAAGUGUUCGAAAAUGGGUGUUUUGUGAUCAGGAAAUUAUUAAUGACGCUGCAGUUGUGGGCCUUGAGUUAAAGAAUGCAUAUGAUCACCUUCUUGCAGCUUCAACUUAUGGAGGAUAUGAUAUAUGGUACCGUUCUGUUCCACCUGUUAAUUCUUUGAUACUUGGAGCAGGACAGAAACCAUUUGUAGGAUUUCAUUAUGCUCUCGAAGGAGGUACAACACCUCCUUUACAAGACGUAGCCAGAGCAGUCGCCAAUAAAAUCAAGUCAGCUUUGCCAGGUUGGCUCGGUGGAGGUUCAACAGAGAGUGCUACAUCUGGCAGCGAGCCACACGUUCGAUCGGAGCCCCUAACUAUGCGCUCCGGCUUAUACGAUACGCAACGAGUCGGCACAGUGGCAGUUGUUUCACCCGAUCGACGCCUUGCAGCUUUUGUCGAUAGUUUUGGACGCGUGGCACUUCUUGAUGUAAAUAGAGGGCAUCUCGUUCGACUGUUUAAAGGCUGCAGAGAUGCUCAAUGUGCCUUUGUUCAGUUAUUCGAAGUUGACGACAAAAAACCACAAUUGUCCGUGAUUAAAGAAAUCAAGAGGGCUAUAUUUUUGGUUAUAUACAAUCCAAAGAAAGGGCUUAUUGACAUUCGGGUAAUGCAAACUGGUACUAGAGUGGCCGUUUUCACUGCUACUAAGAAUGGUAUAUUGAUUUAUAACACCUGUGGACUGGUCGGGGCAGACAAAAACUAUACCUACAAAAAACUUAAUUUGCCGGAAUUUCAAUGUAUUUUAUUAGACCCGGAUGGAAAAUUAAAAAAGUUUAAUAUUCCAUUUUUCUUUGCAUUAGAUGGAGAACAUUCUGAAAGAUCGAAAGAUCUACAUACGCUGAGAGAAUUGCGAGAUUAUGUAAAAAAGUCUGAUGUUUCGACGGAUGAAUACGAAAAUGAAUUAUUAGCAAAAGUUUCUCAAUUAAAAACGUUAGAACUGAGAAAACACUUUCUGGAAUUAAUGAUAAAUAAUUAUAACGCAUCUCCUAAAGUUGCCAUGUCUUGUUUAAAUGUCUUCUGGAAUUGUUUUGCUGAAGACAAUCUGAAUACUCAGGAACAAGUUAUAAAACAUUAUUUUGCAAAACUGGGCUUAACUACACUUUUUUAUCGACUUAUUAACGAUGAACAUUCCGAUGAUAUGAAUGAGCUACAAACCAAAUUUCAAACUUUUUUAAGAUUACCUGUAAAAGAAAACAAAGAUCGUAAUGAUAUGCAUUUUGAAGAUAAUGAAGAACAGGCCACGUCAGCUUUUCACUUACUAGAAGACGAUAGCUGUAUUUUAGAAAGGAUGUUAGCUCUGGCACAAGAAAAGGAUUACAAAGAACAACAGCAAAUUAGGGUAACUUUUGCUGAUACUAAAGUCAGUACGUACAAAGAAUUUGUAUCUUGUUUUGUGCUAGACGAAAAAUCUCAAUAUAUUUGUUUAAAACCUGAUGCUACACCUGAAAAACUCAAUAAUUUAGCGUGUAUUACUUUUAAAUCUAUUUUCAAAUUAAAGGACUUUAAAUUACUUACUAAUUAUAUCAAUGAAUGUAAUAUUGACCCAAAAGAAAUUGUUAAGCUUUUAAUUAUGCAAUUAAUGAACAUGUCGAUGGAAGAGAUUAAUAUUGAAUUAAUUGAAAAAAUCAUAGUUGCUUUGUAUUACAUUUGUAAAUGUACAAAGGACGCUACCAAUAUAAUCUACAAUGAAAUAUCCCCUUGGUGGGAAAACAUUAGAAACAUGUUAGUGGAUAUGCCAUGUCCCUUAAGAAGUAUGAUCGUUGCAAUGACAUGCAAAGCAGUCGGUAGAAUAUUUGAAAUACAACAUUUAGAAGGCGAAGAAGAAGUUUGGGAAUCAGUUACGAAAGAAAAUGCUAAAUGGGGCAUCCUGAUCGGAAAACUAGAGGACAUUUCUAUCCUUAGUAUAAUUUUAAUGUUUAAAGAUACCUUUAAAGGAGAAUCAUUGCCGAAAUUACACAUUUCCGAAUAUGAUGUAAACCUUAAGUAUAUAUAUACAAGAGGUAAAGGAUCUGUUACAGAACUAAUAGCGAAAUGGCUUUGUGGCAUGGGUGUUACUCCAGAGGCCAUAAUUGCCAAUGAACUGAUGGAAGUACAGGCCUCCAAAGCGGGGCAAGAAGUUCCUUCCGUUAAUGAUGACAGUGACCCCGCUUUCGUUUUUAUUGAAAAUAAUCGUUCUUCUGUUGAUGAAAAUCCCAAAAUUUUCAAAUGGCUAUCACUUUUACGGCGACAAUUUCCACUCAGUACGAUGGCUGAUUACAUAAUUGCGAACAUGUGUUGGGAAUACUCUAUGGCUUGGCAAAAAUGUAUGCAAAAUACUGCGUUUUUAGAAGCUGUGAUUCAUUGUUUAACUACUUUAUCAGAUUACUUUAUUCGUUUAGGCCUUUUUUCGAUCAUAUGGUCGACUUAUAUCAAACAUAUUUUUGAACUUACUUGUCGAUUAGUUAACAAAACAGGCAAAUUACCGAAAGAUCCCUUGUCUUUACAGGAAGUGGGAUUUGAUAAUCAAGUAAUGAUACAAUUUUUAUCUCUAACAACAAAAUAUCUUAGUUGCUUUCAGAAAUAUUCGUCUAAUACAGCUAAUCAGAAAAAACAAACAAUACAGUUUGAGAGAAUUUGGGACGAAAGCAUGCCUUCCCUUGUGGAGGUUGCCCAACACACUAAAUAUGUGGAUGAUAAUAUUUUGAGCCUAAAUUAUCAAAUUUCUUCCACUAUGCAUUUACAGUGUCAUUUUAAUAUAAAGUUUUUAAAACCACUCGACACGCUCUAUGAUAUUGAUUAUCAAUACAUAUUAGAAGCCCUUACAGGAAAUGUUCUUGGUCGAGAUAUUAAUAUGAAGGCAUCUGAAAAAGUUAGAAAUCAUAGGAUGAAGUUUUUAACUAAACUUAUUCGAGCUGCUGUUGAGACAAUAAGUACAUCAGACAGUAAUGAACCUUAUAAAAGUUACGACUGCGAAGAAUGUGUUACUUGGAUGAAAAAGAUCUAUUCAUUAGCAGAAUUGUGGAGCAUCGAUGAAGAUUUUGUAAUACGUCAACAGGCUAUCGCUCUGUAUCACCUAGGAUUUGAUGUAUUGGCAGAAAACAUAAUAACUUCAGCUCAGAAACCAGAGUUACUAUUGGCGCCAAUAUUAGCAAUAACUACUCAGAGAUUGAAACGUAGCCUGGAGCGAUCAAGCAAUCAGCCUGAAUGGAUCGUGACAGUGCCCCCACAUCUGUACAAACGUUUACAAAACGUCGUGCUUGAUACGUCAAUCCCAGCUAAUCCUUCGUUGCCUACUACAGUAUUGGUACUGCAAAGCCUGCUGGUUCAAAUGGACAAAAAGACAUCUGAAGCCGUAUCAGCAUCAAAUUCUUCAAACAUUAAAUUGGCUGAACUUAUUAUUGAAAAUUGUGAGGUUCUCAUUAGGCGGAAAUUAUAAAUUUUGUAUUUCUAGCGCCUUGAAUGUAGAAGUAGGCGUGGCGUAUCAUACAUAGUUGUCAAAAUCCGCUAAUUUUGCAAUAGAUUAAUAGCGGCUUUUUUGAUUCUAAAAACAGUCAAUUUUUAUAAUCAGCUAUUAGCCAAUAAUUGCAGACCACAAGUUAGACAUUUCGCUCUGAGUUAAAAGAGCUCAAAGACAUAAGUUUCGACUAAUUUUUAAUAUCUUAAAAUGUCCAGUCCUACGCUUAGAAGUAAGGAAAGUUCCCUUAUGUAACAUAAAUAAUAAUAUCCCAACAGACAAAACUAAUAAAUAACCAUGUAAAGCCAUGUAAACGGUAAUAUCAGCCAGAAUAUCAAUAUUAGCAAAAACCAGCUUCAUACAUAUGUAAAUUCUAAAAUAGUUAGUUACCUAAAAGAAUUAGUGUCAGACACCCUUAUCAAUAACUAUACCAAUAAGGCAUCAUGUAAUGUAUGUAUGUAAUUGUCAUAUCACAUAACGACCCACUGCUACUUAAAAAGCCAGCGCUUGUCUUAAUUAUAAUUGUGACUGUGAAAUCUGAAUAGGUAUUAGAGUCUAAUUUUUUAUGCGUGAUUUGAUUAGCUAAUUAAACGGAUAGAAUCAUA